UUGGUGACUAAUACCAAAACAACCAAAAUUGCUUCACAAACAAUGAGCCCUGUAUAUCAAGACUCCAAAAAGGAUCUUGUUCAUAUCUUACUUGUGUCUUUCAUAGGACAAGGCCAUGUCAACCCUUUACUCAGACUAGGAAACCUCCUUGCUUCAUCAGGUUUCCUUGUCACCUUCUCAUCCUGUUCAGAAGUCGGAAAUUCCAUGCGCAAGGCUAACAACAACAUCGAUGAACUCGUUCCAGUUGGCGAUGGGAUGAUCAGGUUUGAGUUUUUUGAUGAUGGAUUACCUGAGAGUGAUCCACGACGCCAUGAUCUCGACUUCUACAUGCCUCACCUUGAGUUGCAUGGUAAAGAGGCAGUCACUGGCAUUGUCAAGAAACACGAAAAAGAAGGGCGUCCCGUGUCAUGCAUCAUUAACAAUCCUUUCAUUCCAUGGGUUUCUGACAUCGCGGAGGCCUUAAGCAUUCGUAAUGCAGUGCUUUGGGUACAGUCCUGUGCUUGUUUCUCAGCUUAUUACCAUUACCAUAAUAAGUUGUCACAGUUUCCCUCCGAAUCUGAACCCGAAAUCGAUGUCCAACUGCCAUCUAUGCCUCUGUUAAAACAUGAUGAAAUCCCGAGUUUCUUACACCCUUCAACUCCUUAUCCAGCCUUAAGAAGAACCAUUCUAGCCCAAUUCAAGAACUUGUCAAAACCAUUCUGUGUACUGGUAGAAACAUUUCAAGAACUCGAAAGUGAAGUCAUUGAUUACAUGUCCAAACUCUGCCCCAUCAAGGCCAUUGGCCCUCUAUUCAAGAACCCGAAAUCUCAACUUUCUAACAUUCAAGGCGAUUGCUUGAAGCCCGUCGAUGACUGCAUCGAUUUCCUCAACUCCAAAAGCCCCUCAUCAGUUGUCUACAUCUCUUUCGGCAGUGUUAUCUCAAUGAAUCAAAAACAAACAAAUGAACUUGCACAAGGUCUUUUAAACUCCGGAGUUUCUUUUCUCUGGGUUUUUAGGCCACCCCUUCCAGGUUUCGACGUAGCUGUACUACCCGAAAAAUUCCUGGAAGCAGCUGGUGACAGGGGAAAAGUAGUGCAGUGGUGUUCACAGAAACAAGUGCUGGCAAAUCCUGCAGUGGCUUGUUUUCUGACACAUUGCGGAUGGAAUUCGACGUUAGAGGCCUUAACAACUGGUGUCCCUGUGAUAACCUACCCUGCAUGGGGUGAUCAAGUCACUAAUGCUAAGUUUCUAGUUGAUGUGUUAAAGGUGGGAGUCAGGUUAAGUAGAGGGAACCAAUCAGAAAAAAAUGUGAUUUCCAGGGACGAUAUCGAAAAAUCUUUAAGAGAAGCUACCAUUGGGGAAAAUGCAGCAGAGAUUAAAAGGAAUGCAUUGAAGUGGAAGGAGGCGGCAGAAGAAGCGGUGGCAGAGGGCGGUUCUUCUGAUCGGAACUUAAAAGAGUUUGUGGAUAAGCUGAUGAUGAACUGAAUGUCAGUGAUGCAUAUAAAAUAAACAUGACUUAUAGGGUUAAGAAUUCAUGAUAAUAUUGUGUAUAGAUUUAUGAAACUGUGUGAGUACUUAAAUUUGUGUCAUUCAACCAUUGCGAGACAUAGUGUCCAGGAUUGAAUUUUA